UCUAUAGUGAAACCCGGCAAUGCUUUCCUACGUAAAGACUUAAGGUUUCUUUAAGAGUUAAAUUCUUUUUAGUCUGGCAAGUCGGCCAUUGACAGUGCGUGAAAGUAAAAACCCGCUUGCUGAUCGGUAAAUAUCAGAUACAUCCACACCACCAUGGGUAAGAUCAUGAAAUCAGGAAAGGUCGUGUUGGUCCUGGGUGGACGUUUUGCCGGCCGAAAGGCAAUCAUAGUCAAGAACUAUGAUGAAGGAACCAGUGAGAAACCUUACGGCCAUGCCCUUGUUGCUGGAGUGGACAGGUAUCCCAGGAAAGUCACCAACAAGAUGAGCAAAAAGAAGGUUGCCAAGAGAUCCAAGAUCAAGGCCUUCGUCAAGAUUGUCAACUACAACCACAUGAUGCCAACCCGUUAUUCAGUGGACCUCAGCUUUGACAAGAAUUUGGUCAACAAAGACUCCAUCAAAGAUCCCUUGAAGAGGAAGAAGGCGCGAUUUGCCGUCCGAACCAAAUUCGAGGAGAGGUACAAGUCCGGCAAAAACCGUUGGUUUUUCAGCAAACUGCGAUUCUAAAUGCUACUGGCAUGUAUCCUAUGACAAAAUAAAUCACUUGGAUGCAAAA